GUUAUUUUCCAACAUGCAGCUACUCUUUGACUUGGUCUUGUUGUUUUCUACUGCACUAGUUGCCAGUGCAGCUCCCCGAACUUGUUAUUCAAGAAUUGUGAGCAUGAGAAAAGAAAUCAACAACAGCAUGGAGAACAUGCAGACACCACAUUUCGCAAAACGUUGUGCUACUAAGUUGCCAAAACUGGACAUAGAUAUCCAUAACUCCUGCGUGAUGUCCAAAAUGCGCAGUUACCUGCAAGCAGCGGAAUCAACUAGUAGGCGCUGCCAAAAUACUCUGCAGCCAACAGUUCAGUUAAUCAAACGUUUGUACAUCAUCAUGGUUGUGCCUUGUAAGGCGGAACUUGUCUUCGUGACGGACAGCUGUAAUGCAUUACGUCGCACAAGCUCUACAAAUUGAACAAGCCAAAUAAUGAAAAUAAGCUUUUCGAAGAAGACAUUCAUAUAAUUGCUUUGGCUGAAAUUAAUUAUAUAUCAGAAAUAAUUUACGUUAUGCAACCAUAUUUCAGAUUAUAUUGCUUCUGGAGCCAGUAGAUGACAAAUGACCAAUAUAUUAGUUGAAUAAAAUAAUUCUAAUUUAACACUAUAUUCUUUGACAAUUUGCCGAGAGCAAGUCAGGUAUUGCUGCGUGCUGUAUCCACUUUUGGAAUAAUACAUUGCGAGUUCUAGUUCGAUCUCUGGCCUUUGAUUGCAGCUACAAUGGCCUAUCAAGUCUACUCCGCCAUUCAAACAUGCUUGAUCUAUCCCUCCCUCCUAACCCCAUUCUCCUGCCUUCUCCCCAUAACCUCUGACACCCGUACAAAUCAAGAGGUUAGGGUAAGCAGCAAUUAUUCUCCGUAUCUCAUGCUAAAGGAAGUAUGCAGGGUGAAAUCAAUCAGUGUUUAUAGUCCAGCUUAGUCAGAACUGGGGAAGAAUCAGGGUCUCUCUGAUGUAUUUAACUUGCCAUCAUUUCAACAAGGGAAAUGAACAAGAGAGUAGAUGGAACACCCAUCAAAGUCGUCGUCUCAAGGAGAAGAAGC